UGGUAAGUAGCCUGCAAUGUUUGGUUUUUUCAGUUCAAGAUUAGCUUUGAAUAAGAGUGUUUCUCUGUUGGUUUCAAAUGUCCAACUAUGUAUUCUUCCUUUUCACUCAUUAUUCGCCAUCAGAUCCUUCUCGUCUACCAUAUCUUCUAAUUUGAAUGAGCACUCAUUUAUUGUCUCAUACCUCAUAAAUUCAUGUGGAUUAACCCUAAAAUCUGCUCAAUCUAUCUCUAAGAGGGUAUGGUUUGAAACCCCUGAAAGACCCGACUCAGUAUUAAGGUUUUUCAGGGAACAUGGAUUCUCUGAUUCCCAGAUCUCCAAAAUUGUUAAGCAUCGGCCCCGUUUGCUUUUAGCGAAACCAGAAAAGACAUUCUUGCCCAAGCUUGAGUUUCUGCGUUCUAUAGGGGUUUCAAGAUCAGGCCUUCCUAUAUUUGUUUCUAGGAAUCCAGAGUUGUUGAGUCGAAGUUUAGAGCGGUGUCUGAUCCCAAUUUAUGAAAUCCUUAAAACUAUACUUAUUUCUGAUGAGAAAGUAGUUAACACCCUGAAUCGCAUGGAAAACAGAUGUUUGUGCUCUUUUCAGAAAACAUUUUCUAACAAUUUAUCAUUCUUAAGAGGGCUUGGAAUCUCUCAAUCUUCCAUCUCUUACUUGGUCAUCCAAUCUCCGUCGGUCAUGUGCCAAAAAGUGCGCAAGUUUGCUGAAGUGGUCAAGAAGGUUAUGAAUCUAGGAUUUGACCCUUCAAAAUCAGUAUUUGUUGAGGCAGUCCGUGCUUUUCAUUUCAUGUCGCACAAAACAUGGGAACACAAAACGGAGGUUUAUGGGAGGUUCGGUUUGUCUGAAGAUGAGAUUUGGUCGAUGUUCAGGAAGCGUCCCAAUUGUAUGUCUUUGUCUGAGAAGAAGGUCACUGGCGUGAUGAAUUUUCUUGUGUGCAAGAUGGGUUGGCAGGCUGCUGUUGUUGCCAGAGUUCCAAGCAUUCUUUGUCUUAGCUUGGAGAAGAGGAUUAUGCCUAGAUGUUCAGUUGUAAGAGUUUUGCUUUUAAAGGGUUUGAUUAAGGCUGACGUCCAUUUAUCUUCAGUGUUGAUACCUUCUGAAAAGAGCUUCAUGGAAAGUUUUGUGAUCAAGCAUCAAGAACAGUUGCCUCAAUUGUUGGAUCUUUAUCAGGGAACAAUGAGUCUUACAGAACUUGGCUUUGGCUUUGAUGAUAAAUCUAGGAUUUCUAGUAAACCUUGAAUGAGUAACUUUGAUAGCUAACUUUUACUUCUCAUUAGCCCCCUACCCCCCCACGCCCCACAAACCACCCCAAACCACUCCGCCGCCGCCCCCCCCUCUCUUUUUUUUUUUUUUAAGUUGCAACUGGUCAAGUUUUGAAGUUUUUUUUUUUUUUUUAUGAGCAAAAGAUGGUGGCUUCCAUUUUUCUGUAUUGCAAUAACUUGAAGUUAAGUCUUGCAUUUGAUUGCUUGUUUCCUGUAAACCAAAAUGAUCUAUUUUGUUGAAGUGCUGAAAUGGUUUAUAAAUGUGUAAAGAGGGUUAAUGAA